AUGGUUUCUAAUAGUGGUAGAAAAUCAAAGAAAGUGCGAUUGGGAAAUGGGGCCAAGGCUGGCUCAAUAAAAAGCCAUUCAUCAGCUGGUGGGUCAGUGCUAUCUGGAGAGGCUAUUGACAAGACUACGAAAGUUGAACUUUCCCAAACCGUGAUAAAAGAAGAGCCUAUUGAGUGGCCAGAAAUACGCAGAUUAAGAAGCAGGUACGAGAAGACGAUAGAUGUGCACUUGACGUUUUGUCAAAAUCAUUUGAUAUUCUCUUACAGGACUGUAGCACAACAACCUACGACAGCUCCAGGAUAUGGAAGCAAACCAGAAUGCGAAAGAGGUACGACUUCCGGACAUUCUCAGAAUAUGGUGAGGGUAAAGUCUCACUCUGACGAGCCCGAAAUGCGUGAGCUGAAAGUAGGGCCGGAGAAAAGUACUUGGCGGGCAAAUAGGAAGCAGAUUCCUUGCACUGAGCCACAACCGCGUGAACUGAGAAGCAAGAUAUUCUUCGAUGUGGUUGUUUCAGAACGUCAUUAUAAUUCUCGCGGUAACACCGUAACCGAAAGAAGAAGGAGUGUGCCGACUAACUCAGUUUCUGCGCUUACCGAACAUGCUGCUACUCAACAUGCUAACACUGAGCCGCAGCCUCGCAUAUUAAGAAGCAGAACUGCCGCUACACCAUAUGCGGACACUCCAAAAUCUCGAGGAAAGUCACUGUUGAAGAAAGAGACUGCCCUUAACGAGCGUCGAUCAAGGGACAGGCUCAAUCCAUUGAUGAAGAAGAGCAAAUCAAGCAGGCCUAAGAAGAAGCUAGAGAAGAGAACAAUCAAGAAGGGCAAACCUUCACCGCGACCGGUCAAGAAAAAUAAGCCUGCCUCCAGUUCGGAGAAAAAGCGAUCUCAUGGAGAACGAUCCGUUACGACUUCGAAGAAUAAACUGACAGUUGCGCGCAAUACCUCUAAUCAUGGCACACUGUGCAGAGAGAAGAACCGUACUUUCUAUGCGAAUCACAUGAUCCAAAGGCGUUUUUAUGCAGAGGAAGUGGUACCGUGUGAUUCACUGACAGAGGAACAGUUCGAAGAACUCCGAAAACAAGGUUUCGAGCUAGCCACUCUACAAGUUCCUGAUACUCUUACCCCAACCCAACAGUAUGCUGCUCGGGAUGUCAUUGCUCACUACCAAUCCAAGCACUCAAAUAGACGUGUUCUUAAGUACUAA